CUCAGUUUGUCGCAAUUCCUCAGGACCCAUCUCCUCGCCUGCAUCGCCUCGGCAGUUGCAGAUCGAACGCCAUGAUGUCAGUAAUCCGGACAAAAACAGGAUAUUGUGUCGAUGAAUAGGGAAGGAAAACACUGUCACCAACCAUGAUAGAUUAGUUACAAUAAUACGAAAGCCUGCCUGCCUGCCUGCCUGUCCAUGCACUGAUGCGCAUAUGACUCGUAAUGGAUUUCUGCUAAGGGUCCGAGAGGAUUUGUUACGCGUUUGGAUGAAUAGCGAGCAGGACACUUUAUUCAAUGGUCGAUUGAAAGCAUUGCGUCGGUUUGUCCUGGAGAUAAAAAUGAAGACUUGGACUGAAGAGGCAAUGUGGAAUCGCACUGAAAAGCGGGAAAACUUCGCUUAUUAAUAAAUAUGGAUAUAUCGAGCGCUGUGCAUUGAUUUAAUUAAAAUCUGAUUGGAUUGCAUAGUUGCUUGCUGGCAAAUCAGCGCCGAACACUUCAACUAGAUCGCAGUAAUAAUCAGUAACAUACAACGAAGAGGUCCCUUUCUCAGCCACAGUACAAGGAUUGUUAUCUAUGCAAUUUGUUAUAGACGAUGAAAGAAUCAAUCUGGUUAAUGUUGUAGCCUUUAAGGGAAUGGCAAGCCAAAUGACUAAGAAACGACUGUUUCCCGAAUCCCUCGGCAAUCAUGUAGGCUAAUCUUCACUGAUUGUGGCAACGCUGUCAUUCAAGUGUAAUUUAACACUUAAGAGGAGGAGGGACCAUGUUUUGUGACUUAACAUAAAUGUUGUAAACAUCUCAAACGUAAGAAAACGUAGUGAUUUUCUCCCCGUUUUGUUUUAAACAUUUUGAAGUUCAUUUUUGUUUUGACAACGAAAUACGAGCAUAAUGUCGGCGGUAAUGGUGGCUAAGAAGGUUACCCGAAAAUGGGAAAAGCUCCCGGGUAAGAACACUUUCUGCUGCGAUGGACGUGUGAUGAUGGCACGACAGAAAGGCGUCUUUUAUCUGACCUUAUUUCUCAUCGUCGGGACCUGCGCCCUCUUUUUUGCGUUCGAGUGCCCAUACCUGGCAGUCCACCUGUCCCCUGCCAUCCCCGUGGUGGCAGCUGUGCUCUUCCUCUUUGUGGUGGCCAUGCUGUUGAGGACCAGCUUCAGUGAUCCUGGGGUGCUUCCACGUGCCCUGCCAGAAGAGGCCGCCUUCAUCGAGAUGGAGAUCGAGGCGGCCAAUGGGAAUGUCCCCCCUGGCCAGCGGCCCCCGCCCCGGAUCCGGAACGUUCAGAUCAACAACCAGAUCGUGAAGCUCAAGUACUGCUACACCUGCAAGAUCUUCCGCCCGCCGCGUGCCUCCCAUUGCAGCAUUUGCGACAACUGCGUGGAGCGUUUCGACCACCACUGCCCCUGGGUGGGCAACUGCGUGGGCAAGAGGAACUACAGAUACUUCUACCUGUUUACCCUGUCGCUGUCCCUGCUCACCAUCUUCAUCUUCGCCUUCGACAUUGUCCACGUGGUGAUGCGCUCUGUAGACUCGGGCUUUGUGAACACCCUGAAGCACACUCCUGGAACGGUGCUGGAGGUGGUGGUGUGCUUCUUUACACUGUGGUCUGUGGUGGGUCUGACCGGAUUUCAUACCUACCUGAUCUCCCUCAACCAGACCACCAACGAGGAUAUCAAAGGCUCGUGGUCGGGGAAGAAUCGAGUCCAGAACCCCUACAGCCACAGGAACAUCAUCAAAAACUGCUGCGAAGUGCUGUGCGGGCCCGCUUACCCCAGUGUUCUGGACAGAAGAGGUCUGUUGCUGGAGAGGCUGUCUGACCCAGCCAUUCUCCCAGCCAUUGCAGCGCCCAUCAGCAGGAAUGGCAACCCAGAGCCACAGCCGAUGAAAACUAAAGUGCCGUGCUCUCCCAGCGAGGAAGCCCCGGAAGACACCGGGUCCGGCAUCACGCCUUCAACCGAGGACACCUCGUUCCUGGACAAAAUCCCAACUCCUGGGCAGGAGAGGCCGACCACUCCAAAGGACUCGCCUCCUUUGUCACCAGGAGACAACACAGACGCUGCCCCGGACAAAGGGAAGGUCCACUAGCUGGACUGGAAUGGAGAGCCACUCAACAGCACUAUGAAUCCAAACAAUACCAUUGUCUAAAACCACUUAUGGUGGCAUGUUUUACAGUGUUAGACCUUUGGGGGCGUGCCCAUCAUACCCCAGAAACUAAGGAACACCACAUUACACAACUGUUUUUUUUUUCUGAACAAAACAGUGAAGCGCAUACCUGUGCGAGAGUGACAUUCUGAUGCUUUUUUGGUGAGACCUGGUGUGUUCUUUCUACCAAGACUUUGCAUGGGACAUUUUUGAAGAACACAGGGGGUGAAAGAGAUCUCUCAAAUGCCAUCUGAUGACCUGAAAGUCUUUUGUUUACCACUACCUGGAACUUGUACUGAUUGUUAUUUUUAUUUUUAUUUUCUAUCUCUAUGACCUCUAAAUGUUAAUGGCCAGUGUAAGCCUAUCCCUGGACUGUCAAUCACUGACAUUGACAAUAGUGUUCCCGGUCAUGUAUAACUCUUCUAAAUAACAACCAACCGUUCUCAGUUCUCAGCUUCUCCACGCAGCCCCAGUGCAAUUCAAAAGAAGGCCUGCGCAAAGGUUAUUGGAUGACAGAGGGUGGGGAGGAGCUAUAGUAAAGUAGCUAUUGCGUAUCAUCAGUUUGGAAAAAGAUAUAGUCAUAUCCAUUACCUUAUAGUAAAACUCUAAUGCAUAAACAUCAAACAGAUCUGGUAUCUUUUUUAUCUAUUGCAGGGACACUUGGCAAAAAUGUGCGAACAUUUGUUACCAUAGUUCAGUCUUAAUGCCCCUUCCCCAAUAUGUGACAUCACACCUGAUUAAACAGCUGGCUGAGCUUUGCUCUCUUGAGUUAGGCAUUGCUUGACUCCAUGUUGUUCUAUCGGAUGCAAUCUCCUUUUGCUUCAAGGUUUUGUGUGUCGUGAGAGAGCCAAGAUGGCUCCCUGGGAUCUGAAAGCCAGCCUCGCGUCACCAUUCCCAGUGCACAUCCAGAGAGUUCAUAUCAACCAGGCUUGUGUCCUCAUAUUUCAUUCCCACUGACAACAGUGUCUGUGCAGAUCCUGGCCUGGCCUGGUUGCAAAUGAAGAGAAUGGUCUUCUUGCCACAGGUAGUAGAUGUCAGAAACCGUGCCUUAUCUCACAACAGCACUGUCUAAGCAUAUGAGGCCACCCACAGAGACACCCAUUGAGCUAUUAGUAGUUGUUUAAUAUUCCUCAGAGAGAACCUGAUGUUGUGUAUGUAUGGAGUUUUAGGUGAAAAAUGUGAAAUGAUAAAGAAGAUAAAAGGAUAUACAGAAAUAAAAAACAAGGACAGUCAUUAUCUGUAAAGGGUAGUAUGUAGAUAGGUGUUUGGAGGAUGUAUGGGAAAGUAUUUUGGUUCGUGAAGGGAAAAGAGAGGUUUUUUUUCCGCAUGCAUAUCUGUAUUAUAUAGUUUCUGAUUUACACCUUGAUCUACCAGCCUCCUCUCACAGCAAGAUGGUCAGUCAGCUCAUUCCAGAACUUUCUUCUAAUGUUCCUCUAGCAUUUUCUCUUGUCUCUGCCUCUUUCAUACGCUACAGACCGAAAGCAUUUUGCAAUUCAUCUGCUGCAUUUUUUCCACUUCUUUUUUCUUCAGGAAAAUGACAUCAAUAGCUCAAGGCUACCAAGCCCACACAGAAGGUCCAUGCGGCCAUCUCAUCAGUAAAUAGAAUAAGUGGGAGAAAGGAGUCGGUGUGUGUAUGUGUGUUUUUUUCCCUUCUCAUUUGUUAAUUUUACACUAAACUGAGAGCCAAGGCUCUGGCUGCUUGUCAGUUGCACUUAAUGACAGAGACAAUGGGUGAAACAGAAUUCAGGAAGCAUAAAACUGUCACGAAGGCACUUUGGUUUAAAGAUAAAUCUUGGAGAUUAUUACAAUGCAUGGAGGGUUUCUGUUAUACACAAUAUUGUAAAGGUUGGACAGAGAAGUACCUGCGGUCGAGUGAAGCUGGUGAAAAAAACAAUGUACAAGUGGCAUUAAUGGUUUUACUCUUGUAAUCCAGAAACUUCUGUGUUUGCAAAAGAGACAACUUCAUAUGAAUGUUCAUUAGGACAGGUAAAUUAACUACAGGAAUAUGCCAGUUGUCUGCAGGACUCUACUGGAUUGUAAAUAGUCCCAUGGGAUAUCUUUUGGUGGAGUAAAACGCUGUAGUUGGUAAUUCUGAUGUUGACAGUGUCUGUACCCUUUCCCCAUUUUGCUCCUGUUGCCCCAAGUAAAAUAUUCAUGCUAUGAAUGCAAAAGGUGAGCUCCAGGCAUGGCUGGAGAGAUGCAGAAAAGUAAUAUGGGUAAUGAACGUAUUGACUUGCUUAGAAUGCAGUGAGGCAUUACGCACAGCCACUCUUUCACUCUGAGAUCAUUUUAUUCGCUUCCAAGGUUGCACUUUCUCCCCACUGUCUCAACAACUACUUGUCUGUAAAUGUGUUAAUACAAAAAUAAUUCAAAAGAACCAAGACCUCCUCCAAGUGAGUCUUGUCAUUUUGAUCAGCCAUUUAAAGGUGGAGCAAGAAAAUAUUCAUCGGUGGCCAUGCUGUGUUUCGCCUCAUUGCUUUGUCAGUAAAUCUCAGGCUUGAUGUUGCAGUUCACGUAAGAACAGGAGAAGUCAUUUAAAAUGUUUAUUGGAGAUUUGAUAGUGGUAAAUAGUGUUUCAGACAGCCCUCAAAAGUAAAGGUGGGCCUUCUUAUAGCUCGCCCUUCAUCACUGGUCACCACUGUGUUGUCACAUUUUAUUCAGAAGCUGGUGACCAAAAUCGAAUUUGUACAGUCUGAAUGAGCCAAUUCAAAACAGAGUAUAAAUAAGUUGUUUAUUUCAUUAAAAGCAAACAGGAGUGUUGGGGCCAUGAAAGGGAUGAAAGUGUGGUUUAUAAAGUGCAGUGUAUUAUAUACAGGCAUCUCUGAUGGAAUUGGAUAGAUGUUCACUCUGUAAUAACACUGUGAUCAGGUCCUUUUA